AUGACGGUGGAUAUUGAAAUGGAGAAAGCAGACACAAAGAUAGAGAAUUAUGAAACCGAUAUUCCCUCAGACGAUGUUGCAAAAGAUGAAGAAAAAGAAAAGUUUCAAGCAGUUCUCAAAGAAUUGGCAAUGGGCACUACAAUUCAUGGCAUAGCAAAUAUUGUGAGUGCUAAAAAGACCUACAAAAAGAUUCUGUGGCUGAGUCUGUGGUUGUUGAUAUUGGUGGGAUACUGUUUUCAAUUAUCCCAGAUUUAUACAACAUUUACAACUGCACAAAAAACAACAACAAUGGAUUUGAAAUUUGGAGUUCAGAAAUUCCCAGGAAUAACAUUUUGUAACCUAAACCCAAUAACGAAAUCGUCCUUGAGAGAAACAUCACCCGACAUGCAGCUGAUUUUGACUUUGUCAGAGGCUCAGAUGAGAUAUUUUUGGCAGUCUAUGGAUAUUGAAAUCGACAGAAAUCACCCUGGCUUCAAGUUUCUCGAUAACUUUGAGAAACAUGGGUUUAACACAGAUGGAUGGGACGUGCUAAGUUAUAUUCCGACAGAUCCCAUGCAAACGAGAAACCUAUUUAUCAUCAGUGAAAUGAGCAAAUUAAACACGAGCACAAUAGAAAGAUUAGGACAUAACAUUGACGACAUGCUGCUUCAUUGCUCCUUCAACAGCAAAAUAUGUAAUUCAAGGUUAGAUAUUCCCUUUUUAUGUUUCUUCACACCAAUAUUCAGUACUCGGUAUGGAAGUUGCUACACACUCAAGUCCGAUAGCCUUGUCAGCACAACACCUGGACCACAAAGCGGCUUGACUCUGAUACUAAACAUAGAGGCCUACGAAUACGUUAGUCCAUCAAGCAGUGGAAAUGGAAUCAAAAUUGUGCUUCACGAACCAGGCUCUUACCCGUUUGUCGAGGAGCAGGGAGUGAAUAUAGCGCCGGGUCGAACCUCCAUUGGUUUAAACCGCGAUUAA